AUGAUGGACAGUAAGAUGGCCUCUGCUAGCAGGGUCUUUGAGGUAGUCAAGCCACAUACUCUAUUAAUAAGGUUCCCUAACAGAAGAGACCAUUCUAAACCGAAUGUAUCAGAAGUUUUGAGAUCAGCAGGACUGCCCUCUAACUCUUCUUCAAUUUCACAGCAUUUUAAGGGAAAUAAAUCAUCAGAUUGGCUGAUGCAUCAGAAUCCACCAGACACUGCAGAAAUAAUAAACACAUUACCUCAGAAAUGUAGGAGGAAACCUAUGUCUCAAGAAGAAAUUUAA